CCUGACAGCUUCCAAGAAGCUUCCAGAACUCGAAGAAACCUUUUGGCGGUGGUCACUGAGAAGGAGGGUUGGGAAGGGCACCGCAGGGAUCUCCACGGCAGAGGCCAUGGCGAGCCGGCAGUGCUGAGAUCACGGUGGAGCGGAGGGGAGUGUCCAGUCCCACGCGUGGCGCGCGGGAUCCGGGGGAAAGGAGGGGACCGAGGUCCUGAUGCAGAUCCGGGAUGGCCUGCGGCGGCAAGCGCCAUCGGUCACUGGGGCGAUGCGGUCGCCGAUGUCGGCGAUGAUGCUCGCCAUGUUCGCCACCAUGGCAUCCUUCUACGUCGCUGGCCGAUUGUGGCAGGAUGCACAGAAUCGGGUUUACAUGAUAAAAGAGCUCGACAGGCGAACCGGCCAGGGGCGAUCGGCAAUAUCAGUGGACGAUACUUUGAAGGUUGUUUCAUGCAGGCAGCAAGGCAAGCGGUUGGCAUCACUCGAGAUGGAGUUGGCUGCAGCAAAGCAUGAAGGAUUUGUUGGCAAAUAUACCUCUGAGACAAAUGCGACUCAUUCUAAGAAGAAGCCUCUGGUUGUUAUUGGGAUAAUGACAAGCUUUGGUAGAAAAAAUUACCGUGAAGCUGUCAGGAAAUCAUGGCUUCCGACAGGUUCACUGCUGAAGAAACUAGAAGAUGAGAAAGGCAUUGUAGUACGUUUCAUAGUUGGAAGAAGUGCAAAUCGAGGAGAUCGUUUUGACAGGGAAAUCGAUGACGAGAAUAAAAGUACAAAUGAUUUUGUGAUCUUGGAUGAUCAUAUAGAGUCUGAUGAAGAGCUCCCUAAGAAGACAAAACGUUACUUUGCUAAUGCUGCAGAGACAUUUGAUGCUGAAUUUUAUGCUAAGGUCAAUGAUGAUAUAUACAUAAAUGUUGACACUCUGAGUGCAAUGCUUGAAACUCACUGGGACAAGCCUCGUGUCUACAUAGGCUGUAUGAAAUCUGGGGAGGUCUUUUCUGAAGCGACCCAUAAGUGGUAUGAACCGGAUUGGUGGAAAUUUGGUGACGGGAAAUCAUACUUUCGACAUGCUUCUGGUGAAAUGUUUGUCGUAUCAAGGGCCGUGGCUCAGUUCAUUUCUAUAAACAGGUCUGUUCUCCGGACAUAUGCACAUGAUGAUGUUAGUGUUGGAUCGUGGAUGAUUGGGCUUGCUGUAAAGCAUGUAAAUGAAGCAAAGCUAUGUUGUUCAUCAUGGCCCUCAGGAGCCAUGUGUUCAGCUCUUUGAUGGGCAGUGCUUCCCUGGGUUUUGUGAAGAGUGUGUUACACUGAAUAGAUUUUCGUUUUCUCUUGCCAUUUCUUUUUUUUCUAUGCCAUCAUUGAGCAAGCAGUGUCGGUUCAUAGUGAAUGUGGUUUGCCGCAAAAAAAGGAGAAGUAUUGUACCUUUUCCUCGUAUGCCGACACUACCUGCCGUGGUUUUUUUUUUAUCAUUCCCUAGAUCUCCAUCCGUACCAUUCUUUGCUGACAAACAUCACUGUUCGAGUGACAGAAAUUAAUAGCACUUGAGGAAAUCAUGUUUACUUACGUAUCCA